AUGGAGACAGAUGGUACUUGGGCUGCAGUGAAGAGGGUGGCUCAGGUUGUGGAGCACGUUAUGGAGACUGACUUGGAUCUGUUGCUGGUUCAGUGGCUGUGCAGUCGGAGCUUGCGAAGGCUGGUGCACAGGCUUUCCCUCCUUCCUGCUCCUGAUUCUAUAAAUGCGUCUGUAUCUUCUCAAAGCCACAGUGACCCUCAAGAGGCUCUGAAGAUGGCUGCUCGUCGACUCCCGAUGCUCUUGGCCUGUUUGGCCGCCGUGGCUCUGCUGCCUGCUCGAGCUACGGAAAGUGACCAAGGUUGUGCUGACGGCUGGAGUAAGUUUGGCUCUCGCUGUUUCAAGUUCUUUAAUGAGAAAAAGACCUGGACCGAUGCUGAGAAAAGCUGCCACACUGUCGGUGCAAACCUGCCGUCCGUCCACAGUUUGGAGGAGAACAACUUCAUCUUGGAUUUGAUCAAAACGGCCACAGGCAGCAACAGUAGGACUUGACUCGGCGGGACGGAUUCUGUGGAGGAGGGGAGGUGGUUCUGGAGGGAUGGGACUCCCUGGGACUACACCCACUGGCCUCCUUCAGGCUCACAGCCGGACAAUGGUGACGGAGUGGAGCACUGCCUCAUGGUGAACGAUGACGAAACACUUUGGAACGACUACCCCAACUCCGUGACUCUGGACUACAUCUGUGCCAAAGAUUCUGGGGGCAUUAUCUUCAAGUGUGUCCAACAAAAGUGACGUGCAUCUGUGAUCAGCUGAAGUCACCGCGGCUGCUGUGUUUAUAAUCAGGCUCAACACGCAAACGGAAACUUUGCUUUUCUUUGUGAUGAAUCUUUGUUUCUGAGCAUCAACUCACUGUCGUGUGUUUUAUAUUUCCUUGACUUUGGAAAAAAUAAAACAUUGCUCGC